UGUUCUUUGCACAUAUAAUGUUCAAUCUGAUCGGUCUGUGGCGCACUGAUCUCCAUCGCAUAGUUUCCUUUGGACUAAAACUUUCCGCCAGUUAGGAAGUGACGAAAAGUGUGAGAGGAAAUAGAUAACUGGAAGAGGAAAUUGGUAAAUAUGGUGGAAAAUUGAGGCAGCUUGUAAAAUAUUCAUCAGACAUAGUUUAGAAGAAACUGGUUUAGUUUUUGAUCCUUUCUGAUUUUUUAUUUGCUUUGAAGAAACUUUUUUGUUUUUGUGCGAGUUUUUUUUUAUGUUUUUGAAUAUGGGGAUAUUCGUUGGAGCCAUCGUAUCUUCUUUAGUAUGGCUACUAGCAACAGGCUCUCAUCACAGAAAUUUAAAGCUGGAACCAGCUGGGCAUUUCCACGCACUCUUCACUGGUGACAAUUUUUUUAUUACUUGUGCUGCACCACCAAAUAUAGGAGCCACAAGAUUGACAUGGCAAGCUCCGAAUGGAAGAGACAUCACUGUUAGCACAGGAAGGGUGCAUGUUGAAGCAUCGCCUGAUGAUCCUUAUGGGUUAGAGUUAGUUUUUGAAGACGUGAAGUACGAAGAUAGAGGAAAAUACGUGUGUUCAGCUAUCAUAGAUAGAAGGGAAGCUAAAACGUACUUCGUGCUUACAGUGUACCUUUCAAUAACGUUUUGGGGUUCACCUGAACAACAACUGGGAAAAGAAGGAGAUGAUCACAUGAUUGCAUGCAAUGUGCGAUCAGAUCCAACUGCGAUCAUUUCCUGGUAUGUCAAUGGAACGCUUAUUCUUGACAUUAUAUGGGUAAUCUUGAUUAACUCUAAAUACGACAAAGCUUUGCAACUGUGGAUGUGUCCUACCCAGUUAAACCAUUCAGGAACUAACAAUGGGGCAUUAUAA